AUGGCGGAUUGUCUCGAGCGUAUGUCAACCACCAAUAGCCUCGAGGAUAAACCCAGUUUGAGCUCAAUUCGUGAUAAAUUAACCACUUUUGAGAACUCCAUGCUAAAUUCGAAGAUUAAGCAGAGAGAAGAGGAUGAUAUUAAGUUUAAUAGAAUACAUGAUACUUUGUCAAGUUUGAACGAUCAGCUUGUGAAAGAAUCUAAUGAUAGGGUUUUAUCAAGGGAAACACUCAAAAAAAUGACCGAAGAUGCUGCAAACAGGAUGUUAAACAAUGUUCAGAAUAAGUUAAAUAAAAAGGUACACCUUCUGGCUGAGAAAUUGGACGUUUUAAUCGACAAAUGUGUAACACUAGAGAAUUCAGUGAAUGAAUUGGAUCAAAAGUUAAAUAAAAACGCUUACUUUGAGAUGGUUGAAAACGACAUAAAUGAAUUAGAGAGCAGUAUCAAGAAUGACAUUAUAUCUAAGGCCGAUAAGGACACCAGCAUAUUGGAUAAAAUAUGCUACUUGCAGAAUACUAAUAAAAUCAAAAUCAACGACAACAACUUAUGGAACAAUGAGUGUGUAAAUGAGAUUAGAAACAAUAUUAGCCAAAUUAAACAAACUUUUGAAAACGAGAACGAAGUAUUUUACAACUACAUAACCAAUGAACUGAAUAAUAUUAAAUACGCUCUUGAGGCCACAAGCACUGCUAGGAAGCAGUCUGAUCAGCACAUACUACAGGCUAUUGAUCAAAUGAUGUCAUUUUCAUUGCAACUCAAGAAAAGGAAUUAA